GCCACUGGUCACCAUGAAGGCUCUCCUGACUCUGGGGCUCCUCCUGCUUUCUCUCACUGUAGAGGCCAAGGUCUAUGGACGCUGUGAGUUAGCCAGAAUUCUGAAAAGAAGUGGAAUGGCUGGCUACCGUGGAGUCAGCCUGGCAGACUGGGUGUGUUUAGCUCAACAUGAGAGCAAUUACAACACACAAGCUAAAAACUACAACCCUGGAGGUAAAAGCACAGACUAUGGGAUAUUUCAGAUCAAUAGCCAAUACUGGUGUGAUGAUGGCAAAACCCCAAGAGCAGAGAAUGCAUGUGGGAUACCCUGCAGUGCUCUGCUGCAGGAUGACAUCACUCAAGCCAUACAAUGUGCGAAGAGGGUUGUGAGGGAUCCCCAAGGUGUUCGAGCAUGGGUGGCAUGGCAAAAACACUGUCAAAAACGAGAUCUAUCCCAGUAUAUUCGGGACUGCGGAGUCUGACCACUGUGUGUCUCCACUACAGCUCAUUCUGUCUCUUUCUCUCUAUAGAAGUAGGUGUGGCAAAGGUCACACUUCCUCGCUUUCCCCAAACUAACAGGACUUCAGCAGAAACAGGACAAAAUGGAGACUUCUUCCUAACAGCUAAAUGCUGAUACUGUGUUCACUGUAUUUUGGAAGCCACACAUGUCAGUCAGCUAAUGCCCUGGACACUACUGACAGUCAUC